AUGUGCGACGCCGCCAGCUGCAUGCGCUACUGCCCGGACUGCAACCGCGCGGUCACGGUUCUCCGCCACCGCGCAUCCGGCGACACGGUAUGCACCCAAUGCUCGCGCUUGAUCGGCCAGCGCUACGUCGACCAGUCCUCCGAGUGGCGCAACUUCCUCAACGCCGUUGGGGGCAUUGACGGCUCCGGCGUCGGCGCCGCCGCCGACCAUUCCCUCGCCCACGCCGGCAAUAUCGCCGCCACCACCACCACCAUCCCCUACCCUGCCUCAGCAGGCAGCGCGCAGUCUCCCGAAACAAGCGACAACGACACAUGCGGCGGCGCGGGCGGUGCUGCAGGUCCUUCACGAGACGGAGCCAUGCCGAAGAUGCGCGGCGCGGUAUCCGACAAGCCGCUCGCCGACGCGUUCCACUCCAUCGACGACAUGGCGGCGCGACUGGGGCUCGCGGCGGCCGUCAGGGACCGCGCCAAGGAAGUCUUCAGGAAACUGGAGUACGCCAAGGUGCUCCCCAGGGGCGGCAAGUGCCGGAAUCGCCACGCGCUGUACGCGGCCUGCCUCCAUGUCGCCUGCCGCGCCGUGGGCACGCCGCGGACGUUCAAGGAGCUGGCGUCCGUGACGGGCGACAGCGCGACGGCCGGGAUCAAGGACAUCGGGAGGCUCGUCAAGAGCAUCAAGAUCCAUCUCGGGGAGGAGGACGGCGCGCAGCCGGCGGGGGAGAUAACGAUGGGCGCCGUGGUGCAGGCGGGCGACUACCUUCGCCGCUUCGGCGCGCUGGUCGGGAUAGGUGACCAGGAGAUGAACGCGGCGUUGGAGGCCGUGCGAAGGCUGGAGAAGAACCUGGACGUGAGGCGCAACCCCGAUUCUAUCGCCGCCGCCGUCAUCUACAUGGCGGUCCAGCGCGCCGGCGCCGGGAAAUCCGUCCGUGAAGUGUCCACGGCCACCGGCGUCGGCCAGGUGACCAUCAGGGAGGUGUGCUACAAGGACCUCGGCCCACACACCGAGCUGCUAUUUGGCUAA